GCAGCCGCCCUCAUCAGCGGCCACGAGGACGCGUAUGAUGGAUUCAUCUGCGACGAGCAAAGCGUGCCGGCGGCACCCGGCGAGUUUGGGGUGGCGCUGGACGCCUCGCUGGCAGUGUGGCAACAGAAAGGCUACCGGGGCAUCUGGCUCAAGAUGCCGGCCGCCAAGGCGCACGUGAUUGGGCAUGCUGUGGACCGAGGCUUUGAGUUCCACCACGCCGAGAAGGAGUAUGUGAUGCUCACCCGCUGGCUGCCCUCUAGCGAGAACAAGCUGCCCCCCAAUGCCAGCCACCAAGUGGGCAUGGGCGCCUUUGUGAUGAACGAGCGGCGCGAGGUGCUGGUGGUGCAGGAGCGCAGCGGGCCGCUGCGGGGCCAGGGUGUGUGGAAGAUGCCCACCGGGCUGGUGCAGCAAGGCGAGGACAUCAGCGAGGCGGCGGAGCGCGAGGUGCUGGAGGAGACGGGCAUCCGUGCGCGGUUCGACGCGGUGCUGGCCAUGCGCCAGGCCCACGGCUUUGCCUUUGGAAAGAGCGACAUGUUCUUCGUGGUGGCGCUCAAGAUGGAGGCGGGGCCGCAGGCGCGUGAGCUAUGCAUGCAGGAAGACGAGCUGGUGGGGGUGCGGUGGAUGGGGCUGGAAGAGUACUUGGCCGUCCCUUUCACCGCCGCCCGCCCCCUGUUCCAGAAGAUCCACGCCGCCAUCCUGGCCUACGUCAACGGCACCUAC